GACUCCCCCCUCCACCCCCCCAAGCAAAAUGGUCCAAUACCUCCUCACCGGUGUAACCGGCGGCCUGGGCGCCCACGUGCUCGAGUACUUCCUCGCGCACGUCGACCCGUCGACCUACGCCGUCGCCUCGUCCAAUCCAGCCAAAGCGGCCGAAUUCACAGCCCAGGGCCUCGCCUUCCGGACGGUCAACUACGACGACCCGCGCACGCUGGCCACGGCCUUCGAGGAGGUGGAGAAUCUGUUCUUCGUCAGCUCGAACACCUUCGACAACGAGCGGCGCCGGAGACAGCACCAGGAUGUGGUGGAUGCCGCGAAGCGGGCGGGGGUGAAGCAUAUCUGGUACACCUCCCUCGCCUUCGGCGGCCACACCUCAACCUCGCAGGUCGCCGUGCAGCAAGCGCAUUACAUGACCGAGGAGAUGCUCCGCGUAUCCGGAAUCCCCUACACCUCCAUCCGCGAAGGUUUAUACACGGAAGCCUUCCCCCUCUACUUCAACUGGUAUCCCACCACGGAGACCAUCGUCCUGCCGCAGCCCACCACACCAUCCAGCACAGACCCAGCAAAGCUGGCCACCACCCAACGAAUCACCUUCACCUCGCGCCAGGAACUCGGGCACGCCACCGCGCGCCUCCUCCUGCGGGGCGGGGCCAGCUAUCGCGACCGGAUCGUCGUGCUCAGCGCGCGGGAGACGCUGUCGUUCCGGGAGAUGGUGGAUCUGAUCAAUGAACACCACCAUGACGGGAAGGAAAGGGUGAGGGUGGAGUUUGUUCCGGCCGCCGAAUAUGUGGCCCGGACUGCGGCGGCGGAUGAGGGCGGCAAGGCGGCGGGGUUCUUUGCGGCGAUGGUCUCGUGGCAUGAGGGGAUCGCCAGGGGGGAGGCGGUGGUCGAGGGGGAUGGGUUGAUGGCCGAGGUGCUGGGUCGGGAGCCGACGCGGGCGUCGGAGAGGAUUCGGGAGUUGUUGCGCGAGGCCAGGGCAAAGGGGGGGUAUACGUGGCAUCAGAAUUAUGCUUAG